GUGUAGGGGGCACUUGUGAAUGUGCAAUUGAAGUGUAUACAAGCCCCCCCCCUCCGCCCCCAGUCUCCCUAUCUGUUCUACUUUAUAUAGUCAUGCAUCAGAGCUGUACUGCACUACAGUUUAUGCCCAAUUCAAGAUUUUCAUGGUAAAUUUCCAAAAGCCAAUUUGAAAAGAGCGAACACACUCUUUAUUUCUAAGUGCACUUAACUGUUUAGUAGAACCGUUCAAGGAUCUCAAGUUUCUUUUUUGUUAGGUGUCAAAGGUAAUGGUGAGCUGUUAGAUGUUGUGGGCUCUCCUCAAUGUUUUCUGUUUUGAUUUUGUUUUGUUUAUGUCUAGAGACGCAGUACAGGAUUUAGUUGAGUCCUGGGGGAGAAAAGGGAGCUUAGCCAAAACAGGGACUUAAAGCUCAUAAGGGACGGUGGAGUAGCUAAUAUUAGUAGAUACCAGCCUAGAGCUACAGAUGCUGCUGCUGCCGCUCUGCAUGGUGGAGGGAACGGGUCAUACUGAGUGGAAAAAUAGAAAUCUCUGCUUGGAAGGGAAACACUGUCAAGCUUUGUACAAUGUAUGUGUGGACAGGCAAAAAUCUCAGCAAGUUCGAAGCUCUAGUACAAUAAGGCGGACCUCUUCUUUGGAUACGAUAACAGGACCUUACCUCACAGGACAGUGGCCACGGGAUCCUCAUGUUCACUACCCUUCAUGCAUGAAAGAUAAAGCUACUCAGACACCUAGCUGUUGGGCAGAGGAGGGAGCUGAAAAGAGGUCACAUCAGCGUUCUGCAUCAUGGGGAAGUGCUGAUCAACUGAAAGAACAGAUUGCCAAACUGAGGCAGCAACUACAACGCAGUAAACAAAGUAGUCGCCACAGUAAGGAAAAAGAUCGUCAGUCACCUCUCCAUGGCAACCAUAUAACAAUCAGUCACACUCAGGCUACUGGAUCAAGGUCAGUCCCUAUGCCACUGUCAAAUAUAUCAGUGCCAAAAUCAUCUAUUUCACGUGUGCCCUGCAAUGUAGAAGGAAUAAGUCCCGAAUUAGAAAAGGUAUUCAUUAAAGAAAAUAAUGGGAAGGAAGAAGUGUCCAAGCCUUUGGAUAUACCGGAUGGACGAAGAGCUCCACUCCCUGCUCACUACAGGAGCAGUAGUACUCGCAGCAUUGACACUCAGACACCCUCUGUGCAGGAGCGCAGCAGUAGCUGCAGCAGUCAUUCACCCUGCGUCUCUCCCUUUUGUCCCCCGGAAUCCCAGGAUGGUAGCCCUUGCUCAACAGAAGAUUUGCUGUAUGAGCGUGACAAAGACAGUGGGAGUAGCUCACCGUUACCCAAGUAUGCUUCAUCUCCCAAACCAAACAACAGCUACAUGUUCAAACGGGAGCCCCCAGAGGGAUGUGAGCGAGUGAAGGUCUUUGAGGAGAUGGCGUCUCGUCAGCCUAUCUCGGCCCCUCUCUUUUCAUGUCCUGACAAAAACAAGGUUAAUUUCAUCCCAACCGGAUCAGCUUUCUGUCCUGUAAAACUUCUAGGCCCUCUCUUACCUGCCUCUGACCUGAUGCUCAAAAGCUCUCCUAGUUCUGGCCAGAGCUCAGCCCUGGCAACUCUGACCGUUGAGCAGCUCUCAUCCCGGGUUACCUUCACAUCUCUUUCUGAUGACACCAGCACAGCAGGCUCCACAGACGCCUCUGUCCCACAGCCAUCCCAGCAGCAGCAGCUCCUGCAGGAAUUGCAGGUUGAGGAACACAUCUCUGCUCAGAACUAUGUGAUCAUCUAAAUAAGGGGGAGCUGGCCUCCACCCCUACGUUCCAUGGAUUAGGAAUGAGAUCUCAGACAUAUAUCUGCAUGGAGUGACAAGCUUUCUGAACACCACCACCAACAACAAAAUACUUAUCAGCAUCAUAAAGUAUCUCUUAACACUGAUCUUGGCAGGGACGGAACUCCUAUUCAGCAGUUUUUGUGGAAAGCAGUAAUGCUUGCAAAAUGUGUGUGUCGGUCAGCAUUUUAAGUGGAGACUAUGCAUUUCAUAGUAUGUUUGACAGAUUAGUACUGUGUCCUGUGUUUUGUCCCAAAUUCUUCAGUAUAAAUAAGCUCUAUAUCAAAAAGUUGCCUGUCUAAAUAGAAAAUGUCUUGCUGUGUUUUGUCCUAUGGAAAAUACUGUACUUCAGGAUUAUGUUUACAAUUGAUCCAGGUGUUUGUUUCUAACUUCUGUAAUACAUACAAUGCAAAAAAAUAAUAAUAAUAAUGGCCACAACAGUUGCACAGUGCCCACCCUUUGGCCUAGCUUCAGGUACUUCAGUUGAAGUCUAAACUCAGGUAACUUGGAAUGUAUAUCAUAUUGGGAUAUUAAAUAUUUCACAGCUAAAAAGCUAAAGAGGAAACAUCACUCCUUUGCCUUUCCUUAUUUUAUGCAUUUCCCUGUCCUAAUUACAUUCCACAUUCUUAAAAUAAGAAGUGCAUUCAACCCUAGGAGAGUGAUAAUCCUGGACAUGGAUGAACAUGAGGAAAACCAGCAAAUCUGUGGUGUUUGACAUCACUUUUGUCAUGUGGUUACAAGUAAAUCAACUGUUACAUUCACUGUUUCAACAUGUGUAAAUGUGGCUGUUUUAAAAGUUCAGGUGUUGCUCAGUUAAUGACUGUUAUGAUGUUGCAAAUAAAGUGUUCAGUACUAGACUGUACAUAAGCAUUCCACAUUGUAUGUGAUGAGAUGUAAAGACAAGAAUGUGUAAGUUUAAUUUCAGAACAAGUGAGGUUUCACAGUGGAUGGUUGCAUUUUUUUUUAUUUUUUACUGUUGGCCAUUGGGGUCAUAAAUGUUUUUAUUUUAUCUAAAGGCAUAUUUAUGUUUAAUUUCUGUUUUGGAAAUUCUUUAAUUUGCAGGUUGGAAAGUGACACAUUUUUAAGUUAUUGUUUUCCUCAAGCAAUGUAGGUACACAAGUUACAUUCACAUAGAAUAUGUGGGUCUCAGAAUUAAUGCAACAUAGAUAGUCAGGGUAUUUGGUGACUUACAAAAGCAAUAGCUUGACACUGUCUCAUUUAAGCCUCUCAUAAUACUAUCCUGAAUAGUUAUGUUACGAUUUUGGAUGUGGGAAGUAGAGCAUAAAUUCAAGUAAAUAGCCUUGAACUUUCAGACUUGACAUAGUGUGAAGAGAGCCCUAGAUAUUCCCGAUUGGUCACUAGGGGAGCCCAACUUUGAAACAUUGAUUUUUUUUUGCAGCACAAAGAGAGUAUCUAAAUGCAAAGGAAAGUUUUCAUAAUUUUAUUCCAUUGCUUUCAGUUUAAUGAAACCUAGAGUUGUUUCAUUUGUACCUAAAGUGUAUGGCACAAUUUUCUUAAGAAUUAGGGGAACAAGGUGCCUACAAUUAAAGGAACGUUUCAGUUCCCAUCAGUCAUUCCUGAAUUUUUCUUUGUUUCAUUUGUUUUCUAAGAAAGUUGAAGAAGGAUGAUAGAGAAGAAAGCAACACAAUUGAUUUUUUUAAAUAAAUGAUUGUAAGUGUGAAUGUGUGUGUGUUCUGUGUAUUAUUUUGUCAUGAUCCCAAUUCUCUUCUUUCCACCAAAGUUUGCAGUAAUAUUCUCUCCUGAAGGUGCAUCUGGCUCCUUUAAAUUAGUCAGUGUUACAUUGUAGGAGACUGUCAUGGAGAAAAGGACUCAGUUUACUUUUGCCAUUUUCACAGGGGAACCUUUUGAAACAAUCUUUUCAGCAGCAGACACCUUUAACCCUAAUAAUCUCAGGCCUUGAUGAAAAUACUAUAUUUUGUAGAUUAUGGUUAAAGGGAGAAAAUUACUAGUUCCGUAAGAUAAAUAUGAGCUCCAUUUAACUUCUGAUAUCUGGUUUAGGAUUACAUAAUGUGUUUAUCUUAUGCUCUGCUUUUGUCCAAAUAAGAUGCAAUAGUGUCAAUAUCAGUUUCAAAAAGAUGGACUGAAUAUGCUUUUUUUGGUGAUGAAAUCUGAUGUACGAUAUUUAUAGUGAUGUGCUUUUAUUUUCUCAUGAGAAACUAAAUAUUGAUUGUGUUGUACAUUUGUUCUAGCAUAUAUUAAAGUUUUGAACCAAA